UGGUCCGUGUGGGAGCGCAGGGCGCACGGUGCGGCGCUGCCUCUCCGCAGCGGGCAAACAGUCUUCCUCCUCAUCGGAUAGGCGACAGAAAACACGGGUCGGCCGGCCGGACGCGUCGCAGCCCACGUUCUGACCGCGAGCGGAUGACCGGAGCCGCGGAAACCGAGCGGGGAGCCGUGUCCGCGGGACUGGUGCGUACCGGAGCGCCCGUCAGGCCAUUAACAUUACUCCCUCCCCUCUCCGAGUGAGGAGCUCGGAGCGUGUAGCGGUUCAUCUGCGGUACAGUAGACUAUUGAGCAGCGCCGGGAGAGAGACCGCACGAGCUAAUGAGAUUGGGAAAAUAAUGUUAAUUAUCUGUGGAGGCGCAGCGGAAAGUGCUGUGCAGAGAGAGCGCGGCGGCUGCAGAUCGCAGAGAAGACGGACCAUCUUCAGCUGAGUUAACUGCAACAUCAGAGCUGAAGCCUUCUCCUGACUCAUGUUUGAGAUGGUGAGUCUCCACCUCAGAGAUUAUCUGAGUGAAUAGCUGGACACACAAAGCCGAGAGGAUCUCAGUUCAGCCGGCAAAUGAAACCGUCUCGGUUCUCCGCGGUGUGAGAGAAAGUGCCACUUCGCUGCCGGCGCAGCAUCUCCCCGGACUGAUAACCGGAGUGAAAGCGGUGUUCAGUGAUCGUCUUUCACUCUGAGCCGCUCACCUUUCAUGCCGCGGCUCCGAAGCCAGCUGUCGAGGCCAGACCGUCAGCGGGAAGGCAGAGAAACUCGCCAGGCGGCUCUGGACGGGGCGUCUUCCUCAUCAGCCUGAAGAAGAAAUCAUGCUAUUGUUUGAAUGACCUCGGGGCAGGACUAGGACAUUUGGACGGACUUCCUGGAUGGUGUGGAUUCUUCUGCUUUAUGACUGUUCCUCCCUCGGUCAGCGUGUCUGAGCGGCACGAGGAGCCAGCAUGGCCGAGCCUCUGCUGAAGAUACAGCGGUACUUCCGCAGGAAGCCUGUGCGAUUCUUCUACCUCAUCCUGCUCUCCCUGACCACCGGGAGCCUCGUCUUCCUCCACUCCGGCUUCGUUGGGGUCAGUGACUCCGGGGCCUGGGGGGGCCGGGACUUGGUCGUGGCCUCCGAGAUGGGCGGCUGGACCUCAUCCGACACUCGGGGGCUCGGCAUCAUGAGCCGAGUGUUCAAGGAGACGCGCAAGUCGGGGCGGCGGUACGGCCCCCCGUGGAUGAAGAAGAGCCGGCGGGAGGGCCACGAGGCGGCGCACAGGGCGGGGGACUACUCCAACAACUGGAACCGGGCACUUAAAGGACGUAAUGCCAAAGACCUGGAUGACGGAAGAGCGAAGUACAUUGGCUGCUACAUCGACGACACUCAGAGAAGAGCUCUGAGAGGAAUUUCUUUUUUUGACUACAAAAAAAUGACUGUCUUUCGAUGUCAGGACAACUGCGCAGAAAGGGGCUACAUGUAUGCGGGCCUGGAGUUUGGAGCCGAGUGCUACUGCGGUCACAAGAUCCAGGCUCCCAACGCGUCGGAGAGCGAAUGUAACAUGGAGUGUAAAGGAGAGAAGAGCAACCUGUGCGGAGGAGCCAACAGACUGUCCAUCUACAGGCUGGAGCUGAGCCAGGAGUCGGCACGCCGCUACGGCAGUGCCAUUUUCAAAGGGUGUUUCCACCGGCCGGACAACGUCACGCUGGCUCUUCCUUUCAGCGCAGUCAUACAGAAUAUGUCGGUCGACAAGUGUGUGGACUUGUGCACGGAGAGGGAGAAAUCGCUGGCCGUCCUGGCUCGAGACCGAUGCUACUGCGGAUUCCCAACCCCUCGCUUCUCCCUUCACGAGCUGGAGGACGAGGGCAUGUGUCUCCAGCGCUGCCAUGGAGAGGAGUUCGAGAGCUGCGGGAACGAGAAGUACUUUGUGGUGUACCAGACACAGGUUCAAGAUAACCGCUGCAUGGACCGACACUUUCUCGCCAGGCGUGCCAAGCAGCUGGUGGCUCUCGCCAGCUUCCCCGGAGCGGGCAACACGUGGGCUCGCCACCUCAUAGAGCUCGCCACCGGCUUCUACACAGGCAGCUAUUACUUCGACGGCUCCCUUUACAAUAAAGGAUUUAAAGGGGAGCGCGACCACUGGCGCAGCGGGAGGACGAUCUGCAUCAAGACCCACGAGAGCGGCAGGAAGGAGAUCGAGGCCUUCGACUCCAGCAUCCUCAUGAUCCGAAACCCUUACAAGGCCCUGAUGGCCGAAUUCAACCGCAAAUAUGGCGGCCACAUUGGAUUCGCCUCGCAGGCCCACUGGAGGGGGAAAGAGUGGCCCGAAUUUGUGAAGAACUAUGCCCCGUGGUGGGCGUCCCACACGCUGGACUGGCUGAACUACGGGAAGAGCGUCCACGUGGUUCACUUCGAGGACCUGAAGAGGGACCUGUUCUCGCAGCUCAAGGGGAUGGUCCAGUUUUUGGGUCUGAAGGUCUCCGAGGACCGCCUGCUCUGCGUCGAGGGCCAGAAGGACGGGAACUUCAAGAGAUCGGGGCUUCGCAAGCUGGAGUACGACCCGUACACUACCGAGAUGCGAGCGAACAUCAACGAGCUGAUCAGAACAGUCGACGCUGCCUUGAAGAAAAGGAACAUGUCUGGGGUUCCAGACGAAUAUAAGCCAAGAUGAUAGAUGUGAUUCCAUUUUUUUCUUUUUGUUUGUUUUUCCUGCAUUAUUUUGACUGUUUUCUCAACAAACUCACCACGUUUUAUAGCAUCAUGGGACUUUAUAGGUUUUUUUUAUUAUUAUUAUUUUUCAAUGAAGUUGCUUAGGCUGGUACUGUAGUGUGAAUUCAUUCGUCCCUUUAGUUGUCGCUGUUGAUUUUUACUCGACUUUUUAAUUCAGCAGCUCCGUGCAUUCCUAGUCGAGGCGGGGAGGUUUGUUUUUCUCUUUGCGCUGAAUGAAAAGCACUUCUUAUUCUGCUCUAUGCACAUGUACCGUGUUGGCAUGAGCACAUGCCUUAACACGAGGACGGUACAGGAACUGUGAGCGUGCAGAAGCUCAUCUGACUCUGCUGGGGAAAUACAACCAUCGAAUUCAAAAAAAAAAUAAGGAAUAUUUAAUGCAAAGUUUGAUGUGUGAGCUUAUUUUGUGCAAAAGAGAAAUCACUACUACGGGGAUAAAGACAUUAGGUAUUUUGCUGCUAUCACAGUCACAGAACUAUUUUAUAUACAAAGAUAAGAAGGAUCUAUCUUUUUUUUUCUGUUAGAGGGAAUAAUGCAAUAUGCAGGGUAUGACUACCUUAUGAAGAUACUGUGUGUUUCUAAGUUUUUGUAAGUUAUUAAACUUACUAUAUAUUCAUGAAUUCCUAUUUUUGAUGAUCAAGAUGUAAGAAAUUCACAUCUGAGCUCCUGGUGUUUAAGAAGAUGAUUAAUCCCUCUUGAAGGCACUGACUCCAGAACAGAAGAGGAUUAAAGUCCUCUGGGUUUAUUUAUCUCUGAUGCGCAGUGCAAAUGUUGAUUCUGGUCAUAGAUAUGUUUUUCUUAACACUGGACCUGAUGCAAAAAAAAAAAAAAAACCCAAAAAGCACUUCGCUGUGCAACACUUUUCCCCAAAGAUCACGGAGAAUUCAGCAUUAUGCUAGUGUGAUAGUCUGGAGGUUAUCUUUAGCCGUAGAGAAAAUUGUAGAGUUAUUUAUGACAGAAAAAAAACAUACAGAAUGUGAAAACUCUUUAAUCGCUUUGUUGUAAGAAAAGCUUUAAAAACGUUAAAGCUGGUGAUAAUUUUACUCCUCCUCGUAAAGAGAAACGGGAAAAAUUCUGCUCAGAUUCAAUAAGCAGCACGUCUCAUUAAAGGUACUCAAUAUGCUCUGCCAUAUGCUAAAAAAUACAAAGAUAUAAUAUAUAUUUAAAAAAGAUACAUCCACUCUAGACACACUGGUUUCAGAGAGACAGCAAACAUAAACUGACUUCCAUUUUCACUAUAAUAUAUAUAUAUAUUUUUAUAAUGUGUGCUGACACAUGGAAAAUAUUUGUAUUGCAACAAGCAGCGAGGAUGACUUGUUUCUAUUUUUAACACAUGCUUUAAACUUUAUUGGCUCUUGGCUUUCAAUUGUAAAGGAGGCACUUAUUGGACAGGUGUCACAUUUGAAUGUAUUUUUUAUGGAAUGAAUGUAAUGGUUUGGA